CAGUCGGUUGGCAAGCGCGGACACACGCGCCCCGCGGCCUCUCCGCGCCCGCGUCCGCCUCUACCCCAUCUCGCUACUCACCCUAAGGUGUCCAAAAUCGACGCGCAAGUGGUGGUCUCGAAAGUGAUAAAGACUGUGCAGUGUUCCUUAUGUUAUGUUAUCUAUAAAUUACGUUUAAGUAAAAUGCAAUAAAUCAUUUCAAUAAAAUAUUGGUGUAUUGAAUAGUGGCGUGUUUAAAUGUGCUAAUAAAGGUGAUAUCUAAAAAGUAAGGCAAAAUGGAGGAGGAAGAGGAAGAACGAAAGAACCGUACACGACCCAACCUGGCAACUUUUGGCUCGUUGAAUGCUCGCGUUGUACAGUCGUUAGAGGAGGGCUUUGUCCGUCAGCAGGCAUCGUCCGAGUCUAAUGACGCGAAUACCUGCUCGAGCAUUUCAACAGCUCAGUACAGCGAUAGAAGUUUUGUAUCUAAAGCCAGUACAUUUUCCCGAAGUGGUACAUCAAGUUCAAGCCAGGACGAAUGUGAGGUUGCUCAAACGACAGUAACGAGCGGUCAGUACUUGGUAGCUGCUCGAGUAGAGACCGCUCGUUCCAUGGAAAGUCUCCGUCCACGUAAAGAUGCAUCCCCUGCACGACCCGCGAGCUCAUGCACUUCGGUGCGCAUGCACCGCAGUUCCUUCCUUACAGCAAGCGAGAGAGAUAUUAGGGAAGCGAGAGGUACGCCUGCGAGACGAGCGUUAUCUGGGGAAGAUAUGGGUAAUUCUGCUGAAAAGAAAAGAGGGUUGUUCGCGAGCACGGAGCGACGGGCGUUGCAGCAACUCAGUCUGCCUCCACCUGAGCGGCGAUUGACAAUUUUAAGUCCACACAGCCCGAUGGCCACAACGGAGCUGCAGUGGCCUUCGCCGCCCGGGAUACGAGGCAGGCGGAAAAAAGGAAUGGUGCUACCCAAAUUAAUAUUGCCUCGCAGCGACUCCGAUGGUUCGGAGGUAUUUUUUGGAAGGUGCCGUACAUUUUUUUUUUAAUUAUUCUUUUAGUCGCUGUCAAAUACAUUAUACAAUACGUUCAUAAAAAAUAUCAAAAGUACUCGCAUACAAAAGGAUACGUGAAAAACAGGUUUCCACAAACUGACUUUUAAUAAAUUGAUUUACAUUUUAUAUCAAAAUAUGAAAUUCAGAAUACAUUUCUGUAUUUGAAGAUUAUGGAAACGUUGUUCUUUAAUGAAGUGCCUAUUUAAAGCAAAAUUAAUCAAAAACUUUAUUAGUGAGGUUUUCUGUAUACAAAGAUGGUUUCUGUAAAUUGUCUUUCAUAAACCUCUAGAAUACAAUACAAAGAAAUGUACAGAUUCUUUACAGCACUGGCUGACGUCAAGUGGCGAAGAGAAACUUUUUACAGCAGUUAAUGUUUACGUUACGGAGAGAAAAUGUUUUCUUUGCUUUAAAACAAUGUUUGUAGUUCGCGCGUGCGCAAGACUUAUUUACUCGCUAUGAAUUUACCACCGAAUUUAUUAAAGACGUGUUGCUAAUGUACUGUGUUGAAUAAGGCAAUGUCGAGUGUUAAUAUAAUCUGAUAUACCGGCAAUGAAGCGACAUUGUAUAGCUUAUUAUUUGAAAGUAUUUGGAUGCCGUCCAAAUCAGUAGACUUUUGUAUUUUCUAGCAAUGAUUAAUAGGACAACUAGAACUGAAAUAGAAUGUAAUCACUGUUGGUUGCCAUUCAACUAUGUACUAUUUGAAUACAAUGAAAUUUUUACGUAAAAAUAAACAUUAUUCUCGACGAUUCAGUUGACUCAUGCUCGUGUUAUUUCAAGUAUCUAAUUAAAAUGUCUAACGAGAAAUUGUGUAAAGCGGUCAGG